AUGCGCAACGACAGCGACAGCAGCUCGUCGGCGGGCAUCAUCCACGAGAUCUACUGCGAGCACUUCAUGUGCCACAAGAAGCUGACGAUCAAGCCCUGCCGGCGCAUCAACUUCAUCAACGGCGCCAACGGCAGCGGCAAGUCGGCGAUCCUCGCCGCGCUCCAGAUCUGCCUCGGCGCGUCGGCGAAGUCGACGCACCGCGGGAACCGCAUGGGCGACCUCGUCCGCGAGGGCUACGAGGGCCAGGCGCUCGUCCGCGUGUCGCUGGUCAACGAGGGCUCGGACGCGGCGAAGCCCGAGGUCUACGGCGACAUGAUCACGAUCCAGCGCCGGUUCUCG